AUGGUAUUAGAAACGCACUUGUAUGACAUUUUGUUAGUUUCACCAGAUGCUAGUACCGAGGAAAUAUCGAAGGGCUACAGAAAAGUUGCACUUAAAUGUCAUCCAGAUAAAACCAAUCAUGAUCCUGAAUUAACAGAACAGUUCAAAGAGGUAACAAGGGCAUACGAAAUACUAAAGAACGAAAAAGCAAGGGAUGUUUACAACCAUUACGGAGAGGCAGGCCUUAACGGAUCAUGCGAGACUAAGAGGGGGAAUAGUGGAGUCAAGAAGUACAAUGAUUCGUACAAUGUGCGUACAGCUACUGAUGUAUUUUCGAAUGUUUUCAGCGAUAUAAAUUCGAUGUUCAAUAGAGAUCCACUUGGCGGUGGCUUUGAUUCAUUUCUGUCGUUUCCGAUGAAUAUGAACAUGAAUAUGAAUCCGAACAUGAACAUGAACAUGAAUUUCAACAUUGGCUCGUCUCGAGGUGAUUUCAGAAAACAUGUUCAGCCUGCUCCCAACGGCAAUAAGAACAAAAUGGUUAGGGGUCAUGAUAUACACCACACAUGUAAAGUUGGACUCGAGGACCUUUACGUAGGAAAGAUCGUAAAAUUCCAACUCCCCAAAAAUAGUAGAUGUUAUACGUGUAUUGGGUUAGGUGGUAUGAAUCCUAAGUCUUGUCGUGUUUGUCAAGGUAACGGACAGGUUUUCGAAACGCUCUACAAUCAGUUUUCCCAAUUCCAAGAGUUGCGUCUGUGUAGACAAUGCAGUGGAACUGGUAUUUAUAUAGCACCAAAAGAUAGGUGCUGCGAAUGUGAUAAUGGAUAUGUCAAGGAAAAGAAAAUCAUAAAGAUAAAUAUAUUGCCGGGAUUUAAAAACGGUGAUAAGGUCAUUUUACAAGGAGAAGGAGAUGAAGGUAGGAAUAUAAUUCCCGGAGAUGUGGUGAUACAUCUAGAAGAAAUGCCCCAUCCAUAUUUAACAAGGAGAUUUAAUGAUCUUUACAUGGAUUAUGACAUUGACUUGAGAACAGCAUUAUUAGGUGGUCCUAUUAUAUUGAACGAUUUCUUGAAGAAAGAUCAAGAUUUAAAGAUAAAUAUAAACGUUCAUGGGAAUGAAGAUUUAAAUAAAGGUGCUGGUGACAAUAUUCAGGAAGGUGAAAUUGUUGGUACAAUUAACUCGGGAAUCCCAAAAAUUGUCAAGAAUCUUGGUAUGCCAAUAAAUGAUUUAGAUAUUAAAGGCAUAUUUUACCAAAGUACGGAAGCUAUAGAUGAGACAUGUGAUAUGUUUGAUUUGAAAGAAUAUGGAAAAGGUGAUCUUUUCAUUCGAUUCAAUGUUAUAAUGCCUACAGUUUCCGAUUUUAAAGAUGACAAAUCACUAUUCACCCUUGCAAACAUUCUACCUACUACCAUACCUCAAGUUUCUAAAACAGGGCCUAAAAAAACAUUAGAAGCACACUUAUCGAAUAUACCAAAUUUCGAUGGUGAUUCUUGUCCAGGUCCUACAAACCCAGUCUACUCUUCAGGAUCAUCUGAGGAUAGUUUAGAUUAUAAGCAUGGUCAUAAGAAACUCAAGAAAUCCAAUUACGGUUACACUGUUGAUGACCUUUCGAACUCUGAAUACGAUUACGAUGAUAUCAAUGUUGAAGAUGACAACGUCGAUGGUAACGAAACCGAAGAAGAACAAUUUUAUGCGAAUGAAUGGAAUAAGGAGAAAGAUGGUCGUGGGAAGAAGAGGAAAAAGGAUGAUGACUUAAUGGAUGGUUCUAAUAGUAUGCAUGAUUCUGGCAUUCAAUGCUAA